AUGUUGGUGAGGGAAUUUCAACCAGCCAAUAUUAACAAAUACUUUUAUUUUCUUUUUCUUUCUUUAUUCUCCAUCUUCCUUUUUUUUCUUUCAAUAAGUUUUCUUAUUUUACUAACUUUUCAUUCUUCAUCUUUUUUCUUCUCAUCAUCCUUUCUUUCUCUUCACUCUCUUAUCUUUUUUCAUUCAUCCUCUGUUCGUCCUUCCUUCCUUCCUUUCUUCUUUAACCCCUUUCUCUCACUUUUCAUGUAUUUAUUCUCUGAUCAUCAUCAGGUGAAAUUUCCGUCGAGUGUCAAACUUGUCAGUUCACCACAUUGCAUUAUGUUUGUCCUUUUUUCUUUCUUCCUUCAUUCUUUCAUUUUCUACCUUGUUUUUUUUCGUUCCACUUUUUUCAUUAUUUUUUUUCUUGCUUUCACACAAUGGUUUGUUCUCUUUUUUAUUUCUCUUUCUUUCCCUUCUUUCUUCCCCAUAUCUUCUUUUUUCUUUCCUUUUUUCUUUUCACUUUUCUCUCUCCUUUUCUUUCUUUUUGUUUUCCUGAUUCUUCUGUUUUCUCUUUCAUUUCCAUCUUUCUUCUUCAACUCUUCCUCAAUUCAUUUACUUUAUCACUUUUCCUUCCUUCCUUCUUUCCUUCCUCUCAUUUCUCCUUUCCUUCUUUCCUUUCUCCUUUCCUUCUUCUCAUUUCUUCCUUCCUUCUUUCCUUUCUCUCAUUUCUCCUUUCUUUCUUUCCUUCCUCUCAUUUCUCCUUUCCUUCUUUCCUCUCUUUUCUCCUUUCCUUCUUUCUUUUCUUCCUCUCUUUUCUCCUUUCCUUCUUUCCUUCCUUCUUACCUUCAUCUCAUUUCUCCUUUCCUUCAUUCUUUCAUUUCAUUUCUCCUUUCCUUCUUCUCAUUUCUUCCUUCCUUCUUUCCUUUCUCUCAUUUCUCCUUUCUUUCUUUCCUUCCUCUUAUUUCUCCUUUCCUUCCUUCUUUCCUCCUUUCCUUCUUUCCUUCCUCAAAUUUCUCCUUUCCUUCUUUCAUUCCUUUCAUUUCUCCUUUCCUUCUUCUCAUUUCUUCCUUCAAUCUUUCCUUUCUCUCAUUUCUUCCUUCCUUCUUUCUUUUCUCUCAUUUCUUCCUUCCUUCUUUCUUUUCUCUCAUUUCUUCCUUCAAUCUUUCCUUUCUCUCAUUUCUUCCUUCCUUCUUUCUUUUCUCUCAUUUCUUCCUUCCUUCUUUCUUUUCUCUCAUUUCUUCCUUCCUUCUUUCUUUUCUCUCAUUUCUUCCUUCAAUCUUUCCUUUCUUCUUUUUUUCUUCCUUCCUUCUUUCUUUUCUUUCAUUUCUUCCUUCCUUCUUUCUUUUCUCUCAUUUCUUCCUUCCUUCUUUCCUUUCUCUCAUUUCUUCCUUCCUUCUUUCUUUUCUCUCAUUUCUUCCUUCCUUCUUUCUUUUCUCUCAUUUCUUCCUUCCUUCUUUCUUUUCUCAUUUUUUCCCUUCAAUCUUUUCUUCUUUCUUCCUUUUCUUUUUCUUUUCUUCCUUCUUUCUUCCUUUUCUUUUCCUUUUCUCUUUUCUUCCUUCAAUCUUUCUUUUCUCUCAUUUCUUCCUUCCUUCUUUCUUUUCUCUCAUUUCUUCCUUCAAUCUUUCCUUUCUCUCAUUUCUUCCUUCCUUCUUUCUUUUCUCUCAUUUCUUCCUUCAAUCUUUCCUUUCUCUCAUUUCUUCCUUCCUUCUUUCUUUUCUCUCAUUUCUUCCUUCCUUCUUUCUUUUCUCUCAUUUCUUCCUUCCUUCUUUCCUUCCUCUCAUUUCUUCCUUCCUUUCUCUCAUUUCUUCAUCUCAUAUCUUCUUUCCUUCCUCUCAUUUCUUUCUUUCUUCCCUAUUUCUUCUUCCACUCAUUUCCCUUCUUCCAUUUUUCUUUUUUUUCUCCACUUUAUUUUCUUUCAAUAACUUAUUUUUCUCUUUCACCCUUCCUUUUUUUCACCUUUCUUCCCACAUUAUUUUCUUUUUCUUUUCCUUCUUUUUUUCUUUUCUUUCUUCUUUGUUCUUCUUCUGCUUAUUCUCUUUUUUAUUUCUGUUAAUUCCAUAUUUCUUCCUUCACUCAUUUCCAUUCUCUCUUCUUUUUUUCCUUCCUUUCUUUUACAUUUUUUCUCUUUUCUUCAUCCUCUCAAUAGCUUGUUCUCUUUCCUUCACUUCUUCUUUUCUCAGUUUCUUUCUUUCUUAUUUUCUACUUGUCUUCCCCUCCCACUUCAUGUUAAUUCUUUCCGCCUUUCCUUUCUUCCAACCAUCAAAAUAG